GCUAUUUGACAGUGAACGCUUAUAAAUAUAUCUUUAAAAUGUAUUUGGUUCGUUACAGGGUUGUUUUUAUAACCACCCUGGUUAUCACGUUUGGGGAAUUGGCUGCAACCCACUGCCAAUUAAUACCUGAAAACCCAUACGGUGACAAUGGCGCCCAACGUUUUUGAAAGAAGUGACGAAGUACUAUAAACACGGACAAUGGCGCCCAACGUUUUUGAAAGAAGUGACUUAGUUCUAUAAACACGUACAGAUAAGUACACGUCUUUUGCUUGAGCGAGGCCGGUAAGACAGCGACUACAGAUAGUACGACUGCGAACCAGGCGAUAAUCACAUCGUGGACAUAGUGGACAUCGAGGUGGCCAUAAAGGACACGACCUACUGACACGUUUUUACAGCGUCUCAGUAACCAACUUCGACUAUCGUCGACACACGGUUUGGAUGGUGACAUAGUACACGGCUUAUACUACCGACAGUACUCGGACUCUCAGCGCAACAUUUCGUCACCAGUAAAGACCUUCGACUAUCGUCGACACACGGCUCCGAUGGUGUCAUAGUACUCGGCUUCUACAACCGACGGUACUCGACUCUCAGCGCAACAUUCCGACACCAGUAACAAACCUUCGACUAUCGUCGAGACACGGUUCCGAUGGUGUUACAGUAGAGGGCUUCUACAACCGACCGUAUUCGUACUCCCAGCGCAACAUUCCGACACACGACGUAUCCAAGGAGGAGGAGUCCUACCUAGAAACAGACGGACGUUCUUCGCUCCAGGAUAACGCGAGUGCGUUACUUUCUUCCCCGGGGACAUACAUAUUCAAGUGAGCGCAUAAACAUUCGAACGGACAGACUUUUAUAUUCUGCCGAUGACAGGGAGGAUUCGCCGCGGAUCGUGUUGGACACUUAUCAUUUAACUUUAAAAGUGACAUUUUUGAUGUUCCUUGGAUGUUUAUUUAAAUUCAAGUUCCACAGAUUGGUGAGCUACUAUUUUCUAUUGUAUUAUAUUGUAACUUUAUUCUGAUAUCAUACUUAUACAUGUCAUAUAUUAUUUCAUAUACUACUAGUCAACUCAAUCAUUUAUUUUUGGUUUAGUAUACAAAAAUAUCUGUUUGUUUUUUAAUAGAGCCAUUAUUUACAGGCGUUAGUGAUUUUUCCAAUUUUAUAAUGUAAAAGAUCCUUCAUUAUAAAUCGAUAUAAGUCAGCCAAAUAUAUUAUAUAUAUAGGUUUCUAAUACACUAGCACGUUUACGCUUCACAGUCAAUUUCCUCGUGCAUUGCAUGUCUAGUUGUUUACCAACAUACACCGUUACUGGUAUGAUAGACACUGAGCGAUUAAUUGAGUGUUACGUAGUAUUGCAUGUGUUCCGACUAGAGGACACUUUGAAGUAUUUAUCAAUGUAGUAUACUAUAGCUACAUGAUUUAGUUCACAGUAAGCACCUUAAACAAAUUGAUAGAAUUUGUGGAUACGUGUCAAGCUGAUAAUCCGAUAAACUGACUGCAUUUGACUGCUUUAUCAUUGAAGCAUUGGAUUGAAAUAUUUUUAAUUGUUUUAAAAAGUUUUCUUUUAAAAUUGGACAGUAAAGCUAUCUAUGUUCAGUACAUGGAGAUAACGUUAUAUACGUUAUAGAAACACACGUAGAUAUAUAGUUGCAUAUAUUAACGUUAUAGAUAGAAAAAUAUGGAAAACUACGUUGUCAUUGACGUAAGUGAUUGAAUACAUUUAAAUAUAUACUUGCAUACAUUUACGUUAUAGAUAUAUCUUAAACUACGUUGUCAUAAAAGUAAGCGAUUCAGAAUUUUAAUUGCAGUUUCUUCUGCCAUAGGAUAGUUAAGGUAGCUGAUAGUAAGCUUGUAUGUAGAGUUGUUUUACAGUGCGUGAUUUCAUCUUGAGAAUAUAGUGGAUUGUGUCCGCUCGUAGUAGACUCCACUGUCGCUUAUAUUGAAUUUUGCUUGAAAAUAAUUGAUGGUCAUUAGUUGAUUGCAGUUGAACUAUUGGUGAUACUGAAAUGUGAAUUUAUAUUUGAAAUAAAAGCGUGUAACGGAUGGGUUAGCGGAAUAUUAUAGAAUAUUCUGUUUUUAAAAUUGAUGCGUUGGCGUAGUAAGGGAAGUAAUUAAACUUAUUACUGAAGGUUUAUUAGGUUUUAUUCUCUUAAACGCUGUCCGUUGAUUUUACGGUAAAAGGGGGAUUACUCAUUUAAACAGAUUGAAUUUAAAUGGGGUGUAGUUAGCUAUCAUGAAACGGUAUUAAAGGGAUAACACUAUCGGAUUUCAAAUUAAUUUGAUUAUUUUUCAAUUAUAUUGUCACUUCGAUAAGAUUAAUAUCAUUUUAACAACAGUUUUAUGAUCAUUAUUCUAUUAAGCGUGUAAUUGUAUACACCACUUCUAUAUUAAGAAUGUAAUUGAUAUGCAAGAUUGAUUUUGUAAAAUUGAACACGGUUUGUCUUGCAUAUGCGUUUUACGUUUUAGUAUCACUCUCUCUAAUUCUCUCUCUUUCUUUGUAUAUAUUUGUAUGCGCUUCCGUGUACGCGUACAUGAACUAAGACUUUAUUAUGUGUUUGUUUGACAUUGAAAUAACUGUUUGAAUAGUUCAAAUAAGUAAGUAUUCAGGAAUAAAAUGGCUCACGGCGGAUCAAACUACAAUCUUCGAGAUAUUACAAAGAGAACGACACUGAAUUUGUCAGAUUCAGAAAAGAGUUUGUCAGAAGAAGAUAUGUUAGUUCGCAGUAUUCAGGAAUUAGAAAAGCGGAGACAGACAGAAGAAGAUAUAAAUACAUUCCAACAGAAACGGGAGGAAUUGAUACAACUCCGAAGAGCAGCGUCAUCAAUACAUAUAGAUGCUGAACCAGACUACGCUUUAUCGGACAGCAGAACUGAUGAUGAGUCUGACCUUUUAGCAGAAACCAGUAAGCUACAAGACAAACUUGCUCAGCUACGAAAAGAACAGCAGUACCUUGGAGAGAAGGAGGUUACGUCAGUAACUCCAAAAGGGCGUCUACCAAAAGUGAAGUCCCGCACGGACGAAAUAAAGCGUAGAGAUGACAGAAGUGAACCGAAGACGGAAGUUACAAGACUGCAACGGGACCUUCAUAGCAAAACAGAAGAGAUAGACGAACUAAACAAGCUACUUCUGAGCAGCGAGAAGAAAAUUUCCCUGCUACAACUCGAGUUGAAGGAGAAAAAGCUAACGAUUUUCGAAGAAACUGAGAAAAAAAGAGAGCUGAGGGUAAAGAGACACGAAGAACAGUUGAUAAAAUUGCAACAGAAGAUAGACGACAGACUGAGUGACCUGGAAGAGCGAAAGAAAAAGCUAGCGGACCGUUCUAAACGACUAGAAGAGCGAGAACAACAACUCCAUGAAACAAACAGACCCUUCAGUCGCUGCAAAGACAGAGAUGAAAUUGAUAGUAGAAUUCGGCAGCUUGCACAACAACAGACCAGACGGGAAGCUGGAUUCUUGGAGGAGGGGCAGACUACAAUACAUAGGCAUACGAUUACCAGUCACAACACGAGGGAAUUGAAUGAUAAAGUACAUAUAACACCAUUUUCAGGAAAGGAACCUGUUCCAAAGAAUGAAGCAUCAUUUGAAGAAUUCAAGCUGGAAAUUGAAAGCAUUACAAACAUAUAUUCUUAGCCCAUACUCAAGCAAUCCUUACGAAAAGCUCUUCGAGACCAGGCCAGAAAAUGCAUGCUGCAUUUAUCAACGAAUGCAUCCAUGGGUGACAUUAUACACAGUUUGGAAGAAAAUUUUGGUAAUGUAGCUAGUGAAGAGUGAAUUCUAUCGAGAUUUUUAUUAGCAGAACAGAAAACCGAAGAAUCAAUAGUAGAAUGGGGUUUAAGGUUAGAAGACAUGCUACUCCAGGUAGGACGGAGAACACAUAUGAAAGAAGCAGAAAGAAAUAAGAAACUGAAGAAUAGAUUAUGGAGAGGGCUCAAUAACGACGAGUUGAGACAUGCAACACGUGUAUAUUUUGAGAGUGACGUGACAUAUGAAGAGCUUCGAAAUAAAAUUAGAGCUGAGGGAUAUGAAAUGAAAUUAGAAAGAGAAAGCAGAAAUAGAACUGUUAUAUUGCAUCAGACAUCAGUGGAGCCACACGAGACAGAAGUGAUGAUGAAAAUUAUGCAACGUAUUGACGACCUAGAACGAAAACUUGAUGAUUUCAAGAAUUUACAGCCACAGUAUGAUGCCAUUGAACCAAGACCACAACGAGGCGAAAUGCGACCAAACACAAGACACCAGAGGGGUAAUAGAAACCGCGGAAGAGGCUUUUACCAAGGCAACAGAAAUGAAGAUAAAGCACAACCCGAAGUAAAUGCCCAAUAACCUUUAAACUAGAAACUGUCACCAUUAAUGAUAAAAUGUGUGACAGCAGAAUGAACGAUCCUAAAAGAGCAACAUCAUUAUUUGACAGACUAGUCGGACACUCGAAUGCGUCUGAAAUUGAAUUUAAUGGUAUGCAAACCAUGGCUCUUAUUGACAGUGGAGCCAUGGUCACAACGGUCAGCCAAGCAUUCUUUGAACAGUUAGUACCAAAACCAGUGUUACAUACACUAGAAGAGCUACAGCUCUCCGUUAAGGGGGCAGAUGAUAAGGAGAUUCCUUAUAUAGGGAACAUUGAAGCCUGUAUAAGGGUCCCAGAACAAACAAAUGAAUCAUUCCCGGUUCCUGUGCUUGUAGUAUGUAAUACUGACUUUAAUUCAGACGUACCCGUCAUAAUUGGAACGAAUGUUAUUAGAUACAUGUCAGAUGUUGACAAAUCCGAUUUGUCGGAAGAGUGGAAAGCCACUCUUCUGACAAUAUCAUCUCAGGAAUCCGUUGGUACGUUAAAAACACCCGGAAAAUCUGUUAGUAUCCUGCCUUUCGAAACUGUUACGGUUUCAGGUUUAAUGAGAAAGACCUCUAACUGUAAUAGCGCUGUCACAGAACAGUCCCCGCUGGCAUCGACUAGGCUUGGAAUAUGCCCUAGGUUAGUAAAUUUAAACAUCCCCGGAACAACUGUUAGGGUUUCUGUCCGCCUUUUUAACAUGUCUGCAAAAACAAUUUGCUUACCUUCACAUUCGGUUGUAUGUGAUUUACAUGACGUCACAGUAUUGAGAUCAUGGACGCCUGAACACUCUCAAACUACCGAAAAGCCUAGUCCAUCAGAUCAUACUGAAAAUCAUUUAAUGGAACAAUUUUUUAAAAAUAUUAGAGUAAAUCUUGAUCAUUUGGAAAAUGAUACAAAAGGUUUCUCUAGAGAACUUCUUUUGGAAGUUGCGAAACGUUUUUUCACAGGGUCCACUCGAUAUAGUCAAGACCAACAUUGUCAAACAUGAAAUAAAACUAGACAAUCCAGAGCCAUUUAAAGAGCCAUAUCGACGUGUCCGCCCUGGCCUUAUUGAUGAAGUUCGUGAACAUUUACAUGAAAUGUUGUCGAUGGGGGUCAUCACACAUUCUCACAGUCCUUUUUCGUCCAAUGCAGUCAUUGUUCGUAAAAAGGACGGAUCGAUACACUACUGUAUCGACUAUAGGAAGUUAAAUGCACGAACGCACAAAGAUGCUUAUCCAAUACCCAGAAUAGACGACACUCUCCAUCUGCUUUCCGGGUCUAAGUACUUCACCAAACUUAACCUGAAAUCCGGAUACUGGCAGGUGGAGAAGGCCGAAAAUGACAUGGAGAAAACGGCUUUUUAAGUAGGAAACUUGGUUUUCUAUCAGUGCACCCGGAUGCCAUUCGGCCUCUGCAAUGACCCUGCAACCUUUCAAAGGUUGAUGGAACGUUGCAUGGGGGAAUUGAACCUUAAGGAGUGCCUCAUCUAUUAAGACGACAUAAAUGUAUUUUCUUCCACUUUUGAAACGCAUCAAGAAAGACUAGAAGCUGUUUUUAAACAAUUAGAUGCUCAUAAGCUAAAGCUUAAACCUUCUAAAUGUGAGUUUUUGUUAGAAGAGGUGAGCUAUCUUGGCCACAUUGUGUCCAAAGAUGGUAUCAAAACUGACCCCGCCAAAACCGAAGUCAUUAAAAAGUGGCCUGUCCCGACAUAAGUAAAAGCAGUUCGUAGCUUCUUGGGUUUUGCUGGGUACUACAGGAAGUUCAUAAAAGAUUUCGCACAGGUUGCACGCCCAUUAAACGAUCCUCAAAUUGGCAGUUCUGGAUCAAAAUCCAAGAAAUAGGUCACUUCCAAGUUUUUUUCGGGAGAACCACAGCAACGUGCAUUUGACACUCUCAUCGAGAAGUUGAGCACGACAUUGGUGUUAGGUUAUGCUGACUACACCAAACCAUUCAAGGUACACACUGAUGCCUCCGCCGCUGGUCUAGGUGCAGUUUUGUACCAAAACCAGGAUGGCGUAGACAGAGUAGUUGCCUUUACGAGCCGUAGUCGGAGGGCAUCCGAACGGAAUUACCACUCAAGUAAACUGGAAUUUUUAGCUCUUAAAUGGGCGGUUACUGAGAUAUUCCAUGAUUACUUGUAUGGUGUUCCGUUCGAGGACCUCACAGACAACAACCCACUUACCUAUGUCUUUACAACUGCGAAACUUGACGCUUGUGGACAUAGGUGGGUAGCUGCGCUUGCAAACUACAACUUUAAGAUCCAUUACAAGUCUGGCAAGUUGAAUGUCGAAGCCGACGCCCUAUCACGACUUAAUACACAUAAACAUACUGAGACCACUGAACAAUGUUCUGCACGACAGGACGUUGAGCAGAAUGUCUUAGCAGGCAGCACUGAUACCAAAACAGAACAUCAGUCUGUAGAACCAGAUGUGUUUCAGGCCGGUUUGACGGUUAAUACUGAAACCCAACCGGAGCCGCAUUCUGUAAAGCAGGAUGUUGUUCAGGCUGUUUUAACAAUACAUACAUACUCUCAGCCAGAACUCGUACAACAUGAUAACACAAAUGAUAAUUACCCAACUGCAGUCAUUAAAACCUAAGACUGGGUAAACGGUCAAGAAUCGGACCUUGUUUUAUCAAAAGUACGGCAGUUUGUUGCUUUAGGAAAAUACCUGGUCCAACUCAGAAACGAUCUCUUGACUCUGAGGUUCAGAAAUUCGCCAAAAUAUUCACUAAACUAAAACUUCAGGAUGGUAUUUUAUAUCAUUCAUGUUUAGUUAAUGGUGAAGCUAAGAAUCAACUGGUGCUACCUAAGACAGCGCAAUUUACAAUUUUCAAGGCCUUACAUGAUGACCUUGGUCAUCAAGGUCGUGACCGAACAUUGAGUCUCUUUCGAGAUCGAUUUUAUUGGCCAGGAAUGGUCAAAGAUGUCACACUGUGGGUGAAGGGAUGUAAUCGUUGCAUCCGGCGUAAAACUAUACCACAACGAGCAACAGGUUUAGUUAACAUUUGCUCGUCUUCCCCAAUGGAAUUAGUGUGCAUUGAUUAUCUUUCCCUAGGAAUGUCUAAGGGAGGAUUUGAAAACUUACUGGUUAUAACCGACCAUUUUUCUCGAUACGCACAGGCAAUACCGACGAAAAACCAAACCGCCCGAACCACGGCACAUGCACUUUUCUAUAACUAUUUUGUACAUUAUGGGUUCCCAGAAAAGUUACACAGUGAUCGUGGCCAAAAUUUCCUGUCAAAGGUUAUACAACGACUCUGUAAAAUUGCAGGCAUCCGGCGAACACACACAACACCUUACCACCCGCAGGGUAACGGUCAAUGUGAGCGUUUUAAUCAAAUCCUGAUUUAAAUGCUUGGAACGCUCCCCAAUGAAAGGAAGAGUGACUGGAAAUUAGCCAUUAUUUCCUUAGUACAUGCAUAUAACUGUACAGCGCACGAAUUCACGAGCUAUCCCCCGUAUAGGCUCAUGUUUGGCAGAACGCCACGUCUAGCCUUAGAUGCAGUAUUAGGUCUGCAGGGGCAAUCUGUAAGUGGCUCUUGUCCAACAGACUACAUGCGUCAGAUUGAAACAAAUCUGCAAGAAUCAUAUAAAAUUGCUAACAAAAUAGCUUUACGCGGUGGCGACAAAGCCACAUAUUACUACAACCGUAAAGUGCGGAAGAUAAAAAUUGUUGUAGGAGACAAAAUCCUCAUUAAAAUUUGGGAUUGAAGGGGAAACAUAAGCUUUCAGAUAUUUGGAGCGAACAUGUGUAUCGCAUAGUUGAUCAACCGGACCCCCUUAUACAUGUUUUUUAAGGUGCAAAAAGAAGACAAGUCCGGAAUAAUCAAAACGCUACACCGAAACAAUCUACUGCCAUUGAAAAACCUACCUAUAACAAUUGACAUCUCUUCAGAAUCUGACACGAAUAGCAGUAUAUCAUCUGAAUCUCAGAAAUCGGGCAUAUAUAAACCACCGCACAGGCGUGCGCCUGGCGAAAUUGGUAUACUGCCGAGACGAUCUGAACGUACACGAAAACCGCCAGCAUGGCAGGUUUCCGGUGCUUUUGUAACAUAGACAUUGUUUCUGCCUUGUGACUUUAUACAGUAUAUAUAGCAACUGUUUUAAGAAUUAUUAACAUUUAUGUUCUGUGGAUUUUCUUAUUUAUGGUACAUAUAGUGUACACCUAUUUUGACAUUUCAUUGAAAUGUUUUGUUUAUAAACGUGACUCCAUUAAUAUUAAAUACAAGUAUAUAAUGAAGUUAAACGUUAAGUGGUGUAUAUAACGGAGGGAUCACUUUAUAAUUAAAUCAUAUGCUAUUACAUUGCUUUGAAAUUGUUAACAUAUUUUGUAUGAAAUGUCGAGGACGACAUUUAUCGGAGGAGGGAAAUGUGUCACCGGACAUACAUUUGUAUAAUGUAUCGUAGAAUUUCGUGUAGAUAUGUAUCAUUUAUUUUUACGAUUCUUUGUUAAGGUAACGGCAUUCUUAAUUGAGUAUAGUUAUCGUAUUACUAGAACUGUAGCAGUUACCUUUAGUUAUUUUACACGAUUACAAUUAGAAAUUAGUACGAAUCCCCAUGUUCACUUUAACUAAUGCUCACAAAUUACUCGUGCAUUAUCACAUACACCAGUUCUGAGUUGCUUUUAUAGUUAACCUAUCAAAUAGAUGAUAUUUAAAUGUUUUAACCAAUGAAAUGUGUUGUUGCGACAUGGAGGUGACUUAAGGCGCAUUUUAGAUCAUUCUAUGAUCAGCUAUUUGACAGUGAACGCUAAUAAAUAUAUCUUUAAAAUAUAUUUGGUUCGUUACAGGUAUAUAUCUUUAUCGUUAUUUAUAAGAUUACUUUUCACAAAUAACUGUUCAAUAUUUUGUAUUUCAUUUUGCUUAUGUAUGUGCGUGUUUUGUCUAAUAUAUUGUAUUAUAUUGUUUAUUAAAUAUAAUAUUGUAUUGCUAUUUUUAUGUUGUAAUGUUUACUUUGCUCACCAUAUCUGUUAGUAAAACAUAUCUGUUGGGAAAACAUAAAUGUUGGUAAACCAUAUCUGUUGGUAAAACAUAUUUGUUGGUAAAUCAUUUAUUGUAUUGUAAUGAUUGUUAACCAUAAUAUUUAUGAGGAUUCUGUGAUCAGCUAUUUGACAGUGAACGCUAAUAAAAAAUUUUUAUAACCACCCUGGUUAUCACGUUUGGGGAAUUGGCUGCAACCCACCGCCAAUAAAUACCUAAAAACCCAUACGGUGACAUAUGAAAGCAGUGUAACAGA